UAGUGUGACGCGCGUCGUAUCUUUUGAUGUUUGUUCGCGUUGCCUCAUGUAACCUUGGUGACCGUCAGUGAGGUAACGAUGUGUUAAUGCUUCACUGGAUCAUCGGAUCUCCUGCUCGGAGGAUGUCGUCCAUUCUUCCUGCAUUAUAUGAACGGAGUGGACUUUAUGAUAGCCCGGAUCUCCAUUUUGCGGAUCAGUUAAUCUGUAUUUAAAGCUUUAUUUUCUUCGUUUGGGUGUCAAUGGAUCCUGCGCUAAUGGAGAGCCCGCGGCCACAGGUUUUGAUGGACAGGAGUGCACUGGCAAGGCAGGUGGAGAGUGUGGAGAGAAGCAUCAUAUUCCUGCGGCAAGAGCAGCUGACACUGCUGCAUGGCUUACACCUGGAGAUCCUGUCCCUGCAGAAACGUUGCACAGAACUGACCCAUGAGCUGAAUUUGAAGCCACCUGGCAAAAGUGAAGAAGACGUACAUGAGGAAGAGGAGCUGCUUGAGGCGCGCUGUCAGGCCGUGGAGAGCAGGCUACAGGACGAGGUGCACUCUCAGGAGGAACUACGUGAUGAGCUGAGCCACAAGGGGGUGCUGGUGGGAGCUCUGAGAGCAAGCCUGAAGGAGAAAGAGCGUCGCUUUCUGGAGGAGCUCAAGCAGCGUAGCCACAGGAGCACUGCGCUGAACUCUGAGCUACAGAAGCAGACCAAGACUGCUGCCUACCUGUCAUUUCAGCUGCACGCCGCCAGGCAAAAGCUGCAACAACAACAACAGCAACAGUAUCUCAGGGGACAGGAAGAGGCUGGGACAGAGAACAUGUUCUCUUUCAGCCCAUCUCAGCAUGACAACUUCACUGCACCUACGGUCAAACCGAAAAGGCGCAGCGGCGUCAGGGCGUACUCACACCUCCGUGCGGAGCGGGCCAGGGAGUGUGUUCCUCGCGAGAGGGUGACAGGUCCUGAGGAGCCCAUGGCCAUGCCUGACCCUGCACUCUUCCUCCACCCACGCAGACCAGCAACAGCUCGACCAUAUCAGCAUCACACACAAAUACUGCAGGGGGCAGAAGGAGGAGAGGAGCCAGAUGAAAGUCAGGGAGACUCGGCCAGCAGGCUGGUUGCCACGGUUCCUGUUAAAACAGCAGCUAUUGCUGAGAGUAAAGCAAAGUGAUAGUGCUGAAAAAAAAACACCUGCUUCCUUGCUGUUUACCUCUUACCACUGACUGCACUGGCAUGGCAGACAAGUUUAUUUUCUGUACUUGCUUUAUACUUAGAUUUUUGUUCUUAGCCGUAAACUCAAAGAAAGACAGUGAUUUCCAGAGGACAGGCCACGGCACACAGCACCUUUGUGUGGUUUUGCCUUGCCUUAGGGAGGACAGCCAUAGGGCAGCUCAUAGUUGCCCACAUGGUGGGGUGUCUCUGUGUCUUGGCUAUUUGUUACCUACAUGCCCUUGCUCAUGAGUGCAGUAAAUUGUCAGGUUUUACUGUAUUCAGGCAGGUUUCAUUGCUAUACUGUAUGAUCUUGAUAAUUCUACAUAUUUUCACAGUUUUUUAAGCAAGUGAGCACCUCAGUAAGUGCACAUAUGAAAACGCCACCUUUUUCACACGCAAUGUUUUAUCAGUACAGCUGUGUACAAUAGUAGAGAUUUGGGAACUGUUCACUGUAGAUCAAGGCUCAGGGGUUAUUUAGUGUAGAGAGAUUGAGAAUCUGUGUCUGUAGGUAGAUAUGCUUUAGGAGAAUCAAGUAAGAAUCAUAUUUUAAUCGUGUUAGGUAUCACUGGUUUGCUUCAGAUCUGUUUAAAAACCCUUUUAGAGUUUUGCACAUGUGGUUGCACAUGGUCUCUGAUUGAUGAGUCAGUUUUUUGCAUCCAUUAUUAACAAACAAACUCAGACGCUUCUUAGAUGGCCCCCAAACAAAAAUGGCUCUGGUGUGCUUAUGUUUUGUGUUAUGGUCUGAAAUCUAAUAGCUCGCCAUACAUACAUUCAUUGUCCACUUUAUUAGGAACACCUGUAUCCUUGCUUAGUUAACAGUCUCUAGACUAACAGAAAAUGAGCCCAGCUUCUGAAAUACUCAGACCAGCUCACCUGGUACCAACUACCAUACCAUGAUCAAAGUCUCAAAGAUAACACUUUUCAUUUAUUCUGUUGUUUGAUGGACAUUAACUGAAGCUCUUGACCUGUAUCUGCAUGAAUUUUUUUCUUGCAACGCUGCCCCGUGAUCGUCGGAUUAGAUAACUGCAUGAACGUGCAAGUGUACAGGUGUUCCUAAUAAAGUGGACUGUGAGUGUAUGUACAGAUGGAUGACAAAUUAAAUGCCAUGUUGGAAAAAAAAACAUCAGGUGACUUCAUAAUGUGUCAGGCCACCUUGAAUCAGUUUUAGUGAGUCUUGUCAUAUUCUACAGUCUCUAGAAUGGUAAAGGAUGGAUGAAGAGCAUUUUUCUAAAAGAUAUUCACUCAGAUGGUUUUGCUGAUGACGGAGGUGGAGAAAACAGUCAAACAUGUCGGCCCAUAAUCUCCAGAAUAUUGAAUUGGCUCGAGAUGUCAGUGUCAGGACCAACAUGCAGGAUUUGCAUUAUUUUGAUGCUCAUCAAACCAUUCUAUUCUAUUGAUUUACAGCAAAGGGUAUAACUAGACCCAUGUUUAUGCCAGGAAAAUGAUGCCCAUAUCAUAAAAAGGCACCAGUGUGUUGUCAAUUUGUUGCCACCAAUCAUUUUAAUGUGGCAUUUGUCUAUAGCUGUAUAAUGUUAUAUAAGAUAAAUAUUUGCAUAACAAGUAAUAAAAUAAAAGGUCUGUGCUGCAGUAUCUAAUCAAAUAAAUUUCAAGACGCAUAUGUUAUAUAUUAUAUAAAUGCGCAAUAAAAUGAGAUCAAGCUGGGAGUCAGUUAACAGUGAAACUGACAAUUGUGCCAUUUUGUGGUAUAUAAUGGUUUGAGGUCUUAAUAAUACUGAAAUGAACUAAAAAGCCUCUUUUAAUUUCAGCGUAACACAAAAAUCAGCAAGAGUCAUUUGCUGCUUUUCAGAUUCACUUUAACAUAUCUGGGUUUGAUUCAUAUUAACAAGGUUUAUGUAAAAAAAAUAAUAAUAAAAAUAAAACCCUUAUUUACACUUUUUGCAGAAUACUAGAAGUCAUUUAGGAAGAAAAUCAUUUGUAGAUCUAAAUGUUAUGACUAGAAUUUGAGUCUAUUUCCAGCAGUGCUUAUUUCUAUACCGCUGGAUGGCUCUAUUGUUGGUUAGUGUGUGUCUUUGGCUACAGCGUGGUGUGAGAUCAAAUGGGAAUCAACAUACUUUCUGUGCAAGCCAAGCAAUAUUUAAGUUUAGCUGAUGAGACAAUUUUGAAGCUUAGAUUUGACAAUGUUGGAAAGUUAUAAUCCUAGACCUAUGGAGGUUCACACUGCAAACAGGCCAUCUCAUAAUGUAUCUGUGGUAAUCCGUUGUCAUGAUUAGUUUAGAUUAAAUUUGCUAAACAUUAAUCCAGAGCUUGUUGUUUUAGGGCAGGGGUGUCAUAUAUACCUAAUCUGCCACAACAAAUGAAUCAGUGCUUUCUUCUUAGAAAAUGGAAACUGAAUAAAAAAAGAGCUCGUCUGUGUUAUCUAAAUAAGAGGCAGAAAUAGAGCAAACUCAGGGCCAUAAACCUAGCUACUGAUAAAAUGUGCUAAUGAUGUAAUUGUUCAUUAUCAAGAUAGACAAAUGUAUUCAAUGCAGUCAUUCCAAAAGAAAAAAAUUUCACAGGUUUCACAGCAAUGAGGACGAAUUCUUAUGCAAUCACAAUUUUCCUAUUUUCAAAAAAAGAUUUUACAAAACUAGAUUAAAUCCCUCUUCCUACUUAUAAUACAACAAUGUUCGCUUCAGUUUCAAUUUCCUAAGUGUGUUGUCCGUCUGUAUUUCAAAUUAUGUGUGAGAUUUUUUUUAUAUUUUAUGAAAAUAUGAAUUGCCUUUGUAAAGCAUUAUUUUAUGUCUAAAAAGAAAAAUUUUAGAUUUGCUGAUAUUCCGCUUCCAAAAUAUUAAAUGUUACGGAGAUUUUUUUAUUUCCAUAACACAGGACUAGAUCACAUUUUAGAUAUUUGUUUGAUUGAGUCUGUGUUUGUACUGCAGAAGGAUUACAGCAAGUUCUCCAACAGUGUACAUGAGAAUUCAUGCAAAUUUGAAGUCAAAUUGUGUUCACAUUUCAAAAUGUUGCUUUAAUUAGUUUCAUUCUGCUCUUUUAUAGUAUUUGCAAGCAUUCUUGUUAUUUUUCAUGUUUUGUUUCUUGGCAGGAGUUAAGAUUUUUGGACUUUCACAUGUCAGUUGCUGGAUAUCUGUUGAAAUGACACAACUCAUACUACUGCAACUUUGACUUUUAUACCUGUGUGUUUGGGGUUUGUGGCUACGCUUGAUCAUUAGUAGGUCACAUGACCGUAAUGUGUUUAUAGGCCAUAUAUGUGCUAGGAACAUAACCCCUGGAGGUGUUGCUACUCUGACAAGUCCUUUUAAAUGUUAUAUAUACAUUUAUUGUUUUGCAUUUUAAACCUGGCCAAUGUUUUGUUGUUGGUUUGGUUUAACUGGGAGAAGAGCUCUUAAAAUAGUGUCUCCAAAAUAAUGUAAGGGAUUCUUUGCCAUCAUGUCAAUUCGCACAGUGUUUAUUUAACCUGGGGUUAUUUUAAGUAGUCUUUUUAUAGCAUAGUCUUUCCAGGUGUGGGAAAAUUAAUGAGAAGUUGGCUUCGAACACGACUAAAACCCAAAAGAUACACCAGACAUUAUUACAUGUAAAAUCAGCCUGAAUUGGGCUUAAUGCUUUUGCACAGUGCUGUAUGUAAACAUAAUGCUGAACGGAUUGUAGCUGUAAGUUUGACUUCAUUGACAUUUUGUAUAAAGCAUACCACCAAUACAUUUUGCUUUAUACAUUUAUUGCUUUAUCACUGUUAUUACUGUGAUUAGACUUCCAGGGAUGGUAGUGAAAUGCCAUUCAGUACAUAGAGUAUAUAAUCAGCUGUUUAACCUCCACCAAUUUACGCAUUUAAACAGUUUUUCUAAAUGCUUUACUUUGUAUUUAAUCGCUAUUAAUAGUUUAGGGGUUUCGUUACCUCUAAGAGGUUCAAGUUUUAGACUGAGAAACUGUCUUCCCUACUCAGAGUAACAAAACUCUUUGACUGUUACAUGAUAUGUAGAGGUUUUGUUAUUAUGCAUCGGCAGCUUCCUGCUGGAUUUACAACCACAUUUUGUUUGCUUCAAACCAGUUAACCUGUUAACUGUUUAGUCUCUAUAUGACAUGAGACGUUGUGCACCAAACUCU